GCCCCCGGUCGACUCUCCUUCCGUUGUAGCACUGCCGCUGCUCUGUUCGCUGUCGCUUAAUUCUGAUCUGCGAACAAAUGCCUUCUGAUCGAGAGCAUGAACGGAAUGGAGUCGUCGUCGGUCCGAGAAUGGACUCCGUUCUCUCCGGCUCUUGCUUCCCUCUCACUCUACAAUUUAUUGACGUAUCGUACCGCGUGAAGCUCGAUCCUUCGGCGGCCACCGGCGGCGGAGGAUUCAAGCGCAUGUUGACCGCCGGCGGCGGCGGAGACGGAUCUGCCUCCGAUGAGAGGAUUAUUCUUAACGGGAUAAGCGGCAUGGUGCCUCCCGGCGAGUUGCUCGCUGUCCUGGGCCCUUCCGGGAGCGGAAAGUCUACUCUUUUGAGCAUCCUCGCCGGCCGGAUGCAGGGGAAGCACUCGGGCGCGGUGCUCGCCAACGGCCGCCGGCUCGCGCGGCCGGCCCUGCGACUGACCGGCUUCGUGACGCAGGACGACGUGCUGUACCCGCAUUUGACGGUGCGGGAGACGCUGCUGUUCUGCGCUUUUCUCCGCCUGCCGCGGACGCUGUCGAAGGCGGAGAAGGCGUCGGCGGUGGAGGCGGUGAUGGCGGAGCUGGGGCUGAGCAAGUGCGCGGACACGGCCGUCGGCGGGCCCUUCGUGCGCGGCAUCUCCGGCGGGGAGAGGAAGCGGGUCAGCAUCGGCCACGAGAUGCUGGUGAACCCGAGCCUUCUGGUCCUCGACGAGCCCACCUCGGGGCUGGACUCCACGGCGGCAAGCAAGCUGGUGGCCACCCUCGGCGGCCUGGCCAGGAAAGGAAGGACGGUGAUAACGUCGAUUCACCAGCCGGCCAGCCGCGUCUACCAGAUGUUCGACUCGGUGCUUCUCCUCUCGGAGGGCAAUUGUUUGUACUCCGGCAAGGCCAAAGACGCCAUGGACUACUUCGCCACCGUCGGCUUUCCUCCAAAGUUCCACGUUAACCCCGCCGACUUCAUGCUCGACUUAGCCAACGGCAUCAGUCAAACAGAGUAUCAAGUGGAUGCAGAGAAGUCAACGGUCAGGCAAUCUCUAAUCUCAUCUUACAACCAAGUGUUGGCGCCUAAAGUCAAAGCCCGGUUGACUGGCGCAGCUGCGGAUGCAAACCAGAGCGGGCGAGAAUUGUUCGCUGAGAAGGAGAAGAAAGACAAGAGCAGGAUCAGCUGGUUUAGCCAGUUCAGCAUCCUCCUCCGCCGGAGCCUCAAGGAGAGGCGCCACGAGUCGUUCAACACCCUCCGGGUGGUGCAAGUGAUGGCGGCCGCGGUGCUCUCGGGCUCGAUGUGGUGGCACUCGAGCCUCAGCGACGUCCAGGACCGGCUCGGCCUCCUCUUCUUCAUCGCCAUCUUCUGGGGCGUCUUCCCCUCCUUCAACUCCGUCUUCACAUUCCCGCAGGAGCGCGCCAUCUUCCUCAAGGAGCGCGCCUCCGGCAUGUACAGCCUCUCCUCCUACUUCAUGGCGCGCACCGCCGGCGACCUCCCGAUGGAGCUCAUCCUUCCCACCGUCUUCACCCUGGUACUCUAUUGGAUGGCGGGGCUACGGACGGAACCGGCGGCGUUCCUGCUCACUCUCGCCGUCAUCCUCGGCUACGUGCUGGUGGCGCAAGGCCUGGGGCUGGCGCUGGGGGCGGCGAUCAUGGACGCGAAGCAGGCGUCGACGAUAUCGACGGUGACGAUGCUGGCGUUCCUGCUCACCGGUGGGUUCUACGUGCAGCACAUCCCCAAUUUCUUGGCGUGGGUCAAGUACGUCUCCUUCACCUUCUACGGCUACAAGCUGCUCAUCAAUAUCCAGUACAGAGGCCACGAAUUGGACUCCUUCCUCGGAUCGUCGACGCACUACGGAACGCGAAUCGAUUCCUCCAAGUGCAUUGUCGCACUGGCCGUCAUGCUCGUAGGGUACAGAGUCUUGGCCUACCUAGCUCUCAGGCGCAUCAAGGCCUGAUGGAGGAACAGAGCAGGGAGGGAUUCUGACUGCUGCAUGCCGUUAAUCUUCUUCUACUUCAAUAAAAAUUCGAGAGGUCACAAAAAGGUUUAACUAAAUGCGAGGAGCAAUUGUAUAUUUACUCCUGUUCAACGCCUAACAAUUAGCAUAUGCGAGGAAGCACAAGUGUCUGCUCUCCUUCAGCUCACACAGGAUUUGGUGAAACAGAGCAGUAUUUGUUCAACUGAACAUGUUAAAGGAGGAUAUCCUUCUACUUCUGUUU